CAAGGUUUCUGUGAGCUCUCCACAUCUAUUCAUAGCUGGCGCCAUGUUUACAACGUUAAGAUGAUCUUAGGACAAUGUUUAUGCUGUCCUAAAGUUUAGACAUGUCUUGAAUUUAGGAAGUUGACGAGAAACUGACUUCGGACUAAGAUGUGUCUGAAGAAGACCUGUGCCUACGAUCACUUCAGGAUGACGUCUGCUGGAUCUUACUGGGUUUUAGUUUGUACUUUAACAUAUAUAAUGACAUCCCCGUUAUACCAAUAAAUCAAUAAACGCUUUCAUUCUGUAAACCACCAUGAUACCGAAAUCCUUUGUUUAAAUGUCCUGCAGUAGAGAGACAACCAAGAACUACCUUUUUACACACAGCCAGUUAUUUAAAAAGAUCUCUUCCGCCAUUGCUUUUUACAGGUAAACAUGGGCAGGUGUGGCAAAAUUAGGAAUUUUGCGAAAGGACUACAACAAUAUAUAUAAAAAUAUGAAUAUCAAGAUUUUCAUAACCCCACCACAACCAUAUGUCAAAACUGGAAUAACGAUGCCAUCAAAAAGAUCAAACUGAGAUUCAAUAGGAAGAGCCUGACCGAGUAAAUAUAAUUCCUAGAUACUAGCAGAUCGUCCCAAUUUUACAAAUACAAUGCAGGGGAACACAGAUUACAGAACAGUGGGUGAAAAAAAGGAGACGUGAAAAUACUGAUAUGAUAAUGAAAGUGAUAAGACUCAAGCGUUGGUCUAUAGUACUUGUAGUAAUAGCAGUGACUAUAUUAGUAUUCAACUACGUCAAGGACGACGAUGAAAGGACUAACAGUGAAAAUACCGACAGUGUAGAGCCGUACCAAAAGGUGGAAUGGAAAUGUGACAAAUGUUUUCCCUUCAACUACAACUUGACCAUUACUUCACCUACAAUUUGUCAGACUGGUGAAAAGGUGGAUCUCAUCAUUUUAAUAUCUACAACAAUUUUCCAUAGUGAUAAAAGAAAGGCUCUUAGAAAAACUUGGCUAACAGCUACUCACGAAAACAAGGGUCACAUACGGUAUGCGUUUCUUCUGGGUGCCGUAAAAGACACCAAAUUACAAACGAAACUUAAAUCAGAAAACGAGCUCUACAAUGAUAUUGUUCAGGGAGACUAUCCGGACCGCUAUUAUACGUUGACACUGAAGACGCUUUCCGGAUUCCACUGGGUUGCUAACUAUUGUCCUAACGCUUCCUACGUCAUGAAAACAGACGAUGAUGUAUUUAUCAACAUCCCAGCUCUGAUGGAAUCUAUACAUUCUAAUAGAGAGAAUCUCAGUACGUCAAUUGGCGGGAGAUGUUAUAAACGUGAACGACCAGUCAGAGACAAAAGCUCGAAAUAUUUUACUUCAUAUGAACAGUAUCCAUAUAAACAGUUUUUCGGUUUUUGUUCCGGUACCGGGUACAUAACAAGUAUAAAAGUUGUCAAUCAAGUGCUAAAAGUGUCUGAAGAUGUUCCGUUUUUUCAUCUAGAAGAUGUAUAUAUCGGUUUUUGUGUAGAACAGUUGGGACUUUCGUUACAAUAUAUUGACGGAUUCUAUGCUGACGCUGAAGAUGUGGAUUUAUGUGUAUAUAAAGGUAAAACUCCCGUGGUUUUACAUAAUAGUUUGCGACUACCAAACCUCGUUUUUAGAAUGUGGGGUGAAAUAUCGCCAUGUAAAAAUGGCAUUUCACACAACUUCAUUUCAUUUUUAAAAUCAUUUUUAUUUCAUUCUGAACAAUCUUAAUUGCGUAGAAUUUUAACUCAAUAUAUUACAACUUGCCAAGUACUCAGAGAUGCUGGAGUUCCUCACUGACAAUAUAUCGUAAGAGGGAUUGUAGUCUGUGGAGAUCAGGACCUCCAACAGAAAUUAUGCCCUUUAUUAGUUGACGUGUUUUGUAUUCUUCUGAGGCAAAAUCUGUUCAAAAACUUCGUCUUCUACACACAAGCACUCUGAAGUUGAUAUUAAAAAGAUGCUGGAGUUUCUCAUUGACAAUAUCUACAUAGUCUUUGGUGAUCAGGUCUUCAAACAACAGCCUGUUGGAAUUUCCAUAUACACGAAUUGUCUCCUUCAUUAACUGACCUGUUUUUAUAUUCUUACGAGGCAGAAUUUAUUCCAAAGCGUCUGCACGAGAAGAAAAAAAUUCUUGCUGUGUCGCUCAACUCGGCAAUUUGAUAUGUCGACGACAUGUAUACAUCUUAUUUAUUAUAUAUAUAUCUAUUAGCAAUAAUUAUUUUCAUUCAUUGAUUCGAUAUAUACCAGUGAACUACAAAUAAAAGACACCACAGUCUUUCACAUCUGCUUCAUAUUUGGAUAUUUCAUUGAACAUAGAUGUUAACGACAAACUAAUCAACUGUAUGACAAAUGAGAUGACUUUUUAUAUUUUAAAAUGUACAUGUAGCGAUAUUCCAUUAUCACAUGGACAUGUAUCUCAUCAAGGGCAUGUUCUGCGUAUGAUCAGUUUUAAAUCGAUGCAGACUACUUAAAAAUACAUGUAAGUUGAUGUUACAGAGUUGCUACAAUCUCGAUUAAAGUCAGCAUUUCGCAAAGUU